CCAGUAUAAAUGCCUCAGGUUGCCAUUCUCCCGCUCGCAGUGUGUGCUUGAUCGUUAGUGUGACCACAACCGUGCAAGGACUUACAAAGAUGUAUUCAAGGUGUUUAAUAGUGCUUGCGGCCGUUGGCGUGGCGAUGGGCCAAGAAUCCUUCAAAUGUCCCGACGAUUUCGGUUUCUACCCUCACCACGUAUCGUGCGACAAAUACUGGAAGUGCGACAACGGCGUAGCUGAGCUGAAGACAUGCGGAAACGGUCUCGCUUUCGACGCCACUGACUCCAAGUACCUCACCGAGAACUGCGACUACCUCCACAAUGUUGAGUGCGGAGAGAGGACACAGCUUGAGCCCCCGAUCUCCACGCCCCACUGCCAGAGACUGUACGGUAUCUUCCCCGAUGAGCAGAAGUGCGACGUGUUCUGGAAUUGCUGGAACGGCGAGGCUUCUCGCUACCAGUGCAGCCCCGGACUCGCCUACGAUAGAGAGGCCCGCGUGUGCAUGUGGGCUGACCAGGUCCCUGAGUGCAAGAACGAAGAGGUCGCGAACGGUUUCGCCUGCCCCGCCCCCGGUGAGGUCUCCAACGCCGGCUCCUUCAGCCGUCACGCUCACCCCGAAGACUGCCGCAAGUACUACAUCUGCCUCGAGGGCGUCGCCCGCGAGUACGGCUGCCCCAUCGGCACGGUGUUCAAGAUCGGUGAUGCCGACGGCACCGGCAACUGCGAAGACCCCGAGGAUGUUCCCGGAUGCGAGGACUAUUACGGAGACGUGGACCUGAAAGCGCUAAAGAAACUGGGAUUCUGAAUGAUGAGAAGCGGCUCCAAAGACAGACUGAAAUUCAAUCUCUUCGACUUGUUAUGAUAUGCCUCUUCAGUAAUCUGACAGUUACUUAGGCCGAUGGGCACUUAAGGUUUUAAGCUAGCAUUUAGGUACUGGGAUCAACUUGAGUAUUGAUUACUUAGUGCUCCCCACACGGAAUAUAGUUACUUGGAUAUUAUGGUUUGAGCUACCUAAUUUGUAUGCCUAAUUUUCGUUUGCUAUGUUAUAGAAAGACACUUAAUGGUAAUUACGAGUAUUAUUAUUUACUUUAACGUGAUCUAAUCGCAUAUAUUUAAGCUUUAAAAUUACCUCUGAGGUUUCGAGGACGGCAUGGUCCCCGUAGUAUCGGAGAAGUCUUUUUAAAGUGAAUAAUAAUCUGUGAAAACCGUGAAAGUAUAAGUGACAUCCUCGCAGAAGAAUGAACUCCAAAAUUCACUCGAAAAUAGUGUAUAAUUUUAUUAAAAGUUCGAAAUGUUGAAUUUGGAAAUUGCCAUGAUAGUGCUUAAUUAUUAUAGAUAUUGAAUUGUGGAGAGAAGCCACACAUGACAGCCUUGUAUACACCUACAUGAAACCGUCGUUUUGAAUUAAGAAUUAUUAUCUCAACUAAUUUUAUUUUUUAUCUGUGCUAUCCUCUCAUUCAUCUUAUUCCAUUUGCUUCUGUUUAAAUUUAAGACCUAUUUACACAAGUAUAGUUGAAAAGAUAGACCGUCUGUCUGAAGAGGCGCUCAAAGCAUUCUGUUUUCAAACUAGUUUUUAAGUGCGUAUACUCAUUUACUAAAUUUUUUGACAAAAAUUUUAUCAUCUGUAAGAUUUAUAAUUGUUGCCAAAAAAUUAUUUGCAUUCCAAUAAAUUCUGACGCCAAUGUCAGAUUUUAGUCAUAUCUUAGUUAACGGUUAGUUUAGGCUAGUUUUACAAGCGAAAUUGGUACUGUAAAUAAACUUUCUAUUUUCUAUAA